AUGUCAUUUUCUUCUCCUACUUCUCAAACAAGAACAUCUUGGUCAAUGUUUUCGUCAUCAUGGACAAUCGUAACUUUCGUUCUAAUCAUGUCCAUGAUGACGACGACAUGUAUUUCCGCUGAAGCGAGAGAGACUAGUUUCAUUGAGCAUUGUAUAAGGAUGAAAAUAAUUUCUCCGCCUCCGGUGGCUAAAAGAUACCAAAGAAUGGUGGAUUUUGGUCGUAUUGUUUGCCGAGAUCAGUUUCGGAUUGUAUGGUUUUCGAUACGAUCGACCGGAAAAUUGCCCAAACAUUAUUUGGAGGCACUUUGUAAUAUCUAUAAUGAUGAUCAAAAAAAGGUUAAUGGUUAUGUCAAAGAUAAUUUUGUUGGUUCUGAUCCGCAAAAUCUCAUAGGAGGUGAAACUUGUGCUACCAUUAGAGAAAAUAAGAAGAAAUUAUUGAAGGCUCCACCACCAAGCUUGAAGAAAUUAUAG